AUACUCGCCUAAGCCACGAGUCCGACAUCCCCCAUCCGGAUCAAGCGGGUCGCGACGCGAUCGGUUCCCGUCUAACGACGCGAUGUAGUGUCGUUUGUCGUCGUGGUAAUGGUGAUGUCGUCGUGCUGUUAACGGCCGCGGAAGACAAGGUGAGAAGACCAGACGAUGAACGGCGAGCGAGACUCGUGAUCGUCUCGCGCGGACUCCACGAAGAGUACCGCGACGAUCCGCGGGAAAAAGGAGAAGAAAAAGAAGACGGUCCGGUGGGGCCCUGGCCAUGGGGGAGACAGCAUGUUCUCCGAGCUGUGCAGGGAGACCCUGCGGAAGGCAGCAGUGUGCUACAGUUCUGCUCGUGCAGGAAGUCCAUCACCAUCGCCACCAACGUCUCCGCCGCCAUCACCCGCCAAGGAGGCAAAGACUGCUGCCAACGCUGACCUGGCAAAUGUCCGUGAUGCCGGCCACGAGGGAGCCAGAGACCACCAGCAUCAUUCAGGGACCACCGGAAGACGGGCGUCGCCGAGCGGAAACGCUACCGGCGAGCCCAGAGACCCGGCCGCGGAGAGAUCGACGACCGAUCGCUCGAACGACGUCAGGGAGUACGUUUACGUCCGAAAGCGGCCGGCGAUGCCUACUGACUUCAGUAAGCGACUGCCCGGGCUCGAGGCGCGGGAGGGUCGACGUGGCACGUGCGUUGUCGAUCCCAGGGAGUCCCGAUCGGUGUCCCCCGAGAAGGGACGCCAGCAGUACGAGGACACCAACCGAGGAGGAGGAGGAGGAGGAGGAGGAGGAAACGGAGGAGGUGCCAGCGAGUGCGGUAGACCGGACUCGAGACUCAGCAGACGCUCCCCAGGGUCGUCGCCCGAACCCGAGGACAACUCCUCAACUUCUGGCGACGAAGCUGGAGCCGCUCCUGAGGAAACUAACCAAAGGUCCAGUUCUGCACACAAUCGCCACUCUCUCACGAAGGAACAAACGAUGCACUGGUUCGCCCAGAUCGGAGUAGACGACGACGACGGCGCUCUCGCUUUGUCAGAUGUGAAGCGCCGGCAAAGUCUCUACGAUGAGGAUUCCCUCGACGGUGAUCGUCCUUACGAGAAUGAAGGACGCGACUCGACGGGAAGCUCGAAGGAGUUGGACAGGGCGAAGCUUGUCCGCGAGAGGCAGAACGAGGAGCGACAGCGGAAGUUGGAGGAGCUCAGGCAACAAGCGCUCGCCGCGCAACGCUUCCGGGAGCAGCGCGAAGAGGAGCGACGAAGACGCAUCGACGAGCUCAGAUCGCGUGACAACGACAGACGAAACCAAGUGGAAGAGAGAAAACGGCUGAUAUGCGAAGCCGAACGGGAAAGACGGGAGGCUAUCCUCCGGAAGAACCAGGAGAGAGAGGCACGCAUCGAGGCGAAGAAGAAGAACGAAAGGUCGCACAUUGUCUUCGCGUUCGGCAGUUCUACGCCGCGGAUGUUGGAGCCCGCUGACACUGGCGGCUCUACCUUCUGGGGCACUCGCAGGGCUACCUCCACCACCAACGUCAUGAUGUUCUCUGCGGCGCAACCGCUUACCAGGAGAUCCUCCGAGAGAGAGCUGGAUGGCAGCAAGAAGCGGGCCACUUCCGCCGGUGGACUCGACCGAAAACCCGGCGAAGAUAUGAGAAUGUCCUCGUCCAUGUACGAGGUGUUCAAUUGGAAUUCUAGCCCCGAUCCCCCUUUAACUCCUGCCAAGCAUAAGAGAGCCAGCCUCUCUCUACCUCCCACAACCGACAUCUUUGCCGUCGAUGAUAAAUCAGAUAGCGAUACUCGGCGUCCCAUGAUUCAGCGGGCUGCCAGUGGUGAGGAGAGCGACGGCACCACACCCAGCACACCCAGCUCAGUUUACCUGCGGGUGAACAGAAGGCGCACCGACCUCAUGCCGACGAUACCGUCCCCGCGCGACGGCCCGCCGUCAACGGCGCGCAGCUCCAGCGCCAAGGCCUUCACACGCUCGCCAGGUAGGACUUACUCCAUGUCCAGGCUGGACCAGCUGGCGCAGCCUAGGAAACGCGCGACCGAGCAGCUCGGCACGUUAACGGAACAGCAGCAGCAGCAGCAGCAGCAGCAGCAGAGUCAGCCUCUGAGCGCUUCUAGCAUGAGCCGCAGCAUGUCGCACUUGGCCGCGCCCGGCGCCAAAAGUCUCAAACGUUCAGACAACUCGCGUAGCAUGGGCACGCUGCCGGGCGCGGCGCCGAUACCGAGACCCACCCGCGCUGAGCGACUACGCCGCAAGGCUCGCGAGUACCAGCAGGCUCAGCAACAGCAGCAGCAGCAAGGUAUCCGCAGCGGCGAAGUGACACCCAACAGCCCGUCCCGACCGCACAGCUCCAUGAGCCAGCAGAGCGCCAGCAGCGUGGGCAGCAGUAAUGUCAAUCUGCGUUCCCGUACGGCCGCGUCGCGCCGACCGCGGCCUGCUUCUAUUGCCGGUACCGGUGUCUCGGUCACAGAAAAACACAAUCUGGUGGGCGACGUGAAAUUAACGAAGGAUUCAAAGCCACCACUGCCAAAGGUCCAUAGCACUCCAAAGAAACCUUCUACACCCAAAGCCACGGAGGUGAAGAAGCCGACGGAGAAGUUAAUCAAGAAUGUCAAGUCGUCACCGCGAAUAACCCCGAAAGCGACACCCCUGCAAAGUCCUGGAGCUGAGCAUGCACCGCUCAUUCGCGACUCUACUGUGGAGAUCAUAAAGCAGAAUGACAGCAAGGAUACACAGGAUGUGAAAUUGGAGGAUAAAAACGAAGAGAAGAAAGAUCAGGGCAGCGAGAAAAUUCAGCAACAGGAGUCGAACAUCGUCGAACCCGUAACCGAAAAUACAAAGGUAACGGAAGAGCAAACGAUGCUUGUGUCAGCAAGCAAACAAGUCAAGGACGAAACUAAUUUGUUGCAAGAGAAUCUGUCAAGUGCAGUUGCGGAGGAACUACCAAAAGUCACUAAAAAGGAGGAAAACAAACAAGAAAAGAAACCAACGGAGACAACUGAAGUCAAGCUCGAGAGCGAAGUGGACGAGCAAAUCGACAUGUCAGCUUCGAUGAUUGCGAAGAUCAGAAUCACCACCGAAGAAGAAGCCAAAGCCGCUUUGGCCGAGCGUAGAAGAUUAGCUCGAGAACAAGCGGAACGAGAGGCGGAACUUGAGCGUCAACGAAAGGAGGAAGAAGCGCGCUUAGAAGCCGAAAGAUUGCGCGCGGAGGAGGAGGAACAACGUCGUUUGGAGGAGGAGACUCUACGCUUGGCUAAUGAAGCUCGAGAGGCUGAGGAGCAGCGACUGCGACUAGCGAUCGAGGAAGCCAAACGUCGCGAAGAAGAAGACAGAAGGAAAAGAGAAGAGGAAGCUCGUCAGAAACAGGAGAAAGAGGAAGCGGAGCGUAAAGCAAGAGAGGAGGCGGAAAGACAACGAAUCGAAAUGUCGGAGAGGCUUAAGAAGGAAGAGGAGGAGCGCAAUGCCAGACGCAAACGAGUCGAGGCAAUAAUGCUUAGGACGAGAGGCAAAAAUCAGUCUAACACGCCUACCAAGGGUGAGGUUGGUGAUGGUGACAAGUUAAAGGAAGAAAGUCCUAGCGACGAGAGCAAACCCGUGCCUGGCAGCAAAGGCGACGACGUUAUGACAGCCAGUUUAAUUUCCGAAGCGACUGAGCAGUUCAUUAGUGGUGAACAGCGAGCGCAUCAGGCGGAAAACAACGCCGCGCCGGACAUUGUGCACAACGGCACGCAUAGCAACGGCAUUAACGAAAGUAAAAUUGUAUUGGAUAAUAAUCAGGGUAACGUUGAAGGAGAAUUGAACGGUCAUCACACGAAUCACGGGAACGGUAUCAACAGUCAGUCGAUUACACUGGACAAUGCCACUGUCAAGCAAAACAACGUGACCAACAACCUGUUAGACCUGUCGGAGUUCGACACUCUGAGUAAUAACAGUAGCGGCUACAAUACCGGGCCGAUACUCGAACUGACGCCCAAUCUGGCGAACGAGGAUACCCUCAACUCUAAUCUAAAUCCGGCGGCGAUGCCUUUUACUCCGAUGGGUAAUACGUUCGUGCCCGCCGCCGCUAACGCCAAUGUCAAUCCGUUCCAGGACAAUUUCAUCAACAACAAACCGCAAGAUAAUAAUCAGGUACCAGAUCUUUUGUCAUAAAGUGUCACUCGAACGUUCUCCCGGACAAGCAGAAGAGGAGCAGUUCGGUAAUCAAUAACCAAAUUGCUCGUGGCGAGCAAUAGCUAUACUCAGAACGAGACAAAUCGUUUACGAUAAUGUAAAUAACCGCUGUCGCGCGAUGUAUCGUCUGUAGAGGAAAUAUCUAGAUGAAGUGAACAGAGAAGGGCGCCGCAUCGGACUGACCAUCCGUGGGCCCACGAUCGUGCCGAGCUCUGAGAAUUAUUACCGGGAAAAAGGAAGUGUAAUAUAUAAUAUCUAAUGUUAAUUAAUAAUAUUAUUCAACAGCAAGUGUGGACACUCAGUCUGUGUGUCGUAGUAUGCUAUUAGAUAAAUAUAACUUUCUAAAGGACUUUCGGAAAGGGAUGAGGCCUGUUUGUAACACAUCAUUUUCGGAUACACGGGCGUAUUUUACGGUAACGAAUCGAAAUUAAUUUCUCACAUAUUCACAUACACAGACACACAUACGUACAUGCAAUCAUAUGGACACAUACACGAUUUCGCUCUUAUCCCCCACAAGUAUAUUCACACCCGCGUGUAAACAAUUAAAAUUUUCAAAACAGAAAUCAGCUAGCGAUAAUAGAAGAUAUCGAGAGUCACGCGGAAGAUAUACAGUAUAAAUGACGAAAAAAUGUAGCACAAGAUAUGAAAAGGAAAGAAUCACAAGCGAUGAUACCGAAAUCAGAUAAACUCUGAAAACGUAUCUGCCAAAACGACGUAGGAAUCGAGCUCCGAUGAAUUAGAGAAUCUCCCUAACGUAAGAGAUAGCAUAAAGUACUACCUAGGUAGUUACAACUUCACGAUAAUCGGAUUCAAGCGCGUAAUCGCGUCCAUGAAUAUGAAAAAAAAAAGAAAGAGAGAGAGAAAUAUUUUGCGGAUACAGCAUAGGGGAAAAUAAUAGACAGAGAAAGAGCAAAGAGAAAGAGCACUUUUCUUCCAUACCAGAUUUCGAGGCGUGCGCUCACUAGUCAAGCAAUCUUAUUACUUUUUUUCUUUUUUUCCUUUUAUUUUUUAUCGUAUAUCGUUUAGAGGGCCUACUUAACAUUGGUAUACUCUAGGUAUUUGCUAGACGUCACUAUUGUUACGUUUCUUCGUGGAUCUAACAUAAAUUCUCUAGCUGUGAUGAUGAUAAUGAUGGUGGAUGAAAAUAAUGAUGAUGAUGACGAUGACGCUGAUUGCUUUGUGAGAUAGCCGCUGCAUAAGUUAACGGAGUGAUGAUCCAGUAGCGUUAAUUGUAAGAGUUGUAUGCGCGAGAGAUAUAUUACAGACGGUCGCGCGAGACUAAUCGCGUUUCAUUCGACGAAGAAAAGCACGACGAUCGCAAGCUCGCGAUAGCAAGAUCGAUAGCGUGAAUGUGGAGCGCGAAGCCGAAUAUCGCUGUAAUGUUCGAAGGUACGAAAGAUGCAAAAUGUAAUCACGCCAUUAUUCGCGCCGUAAAGACAUUACCAAACGUGGAUAUCGGGAGCAUGCUUUGCAUUUUACGCUCGUCUUUUCGUGCGCGAUGUCACCGUUAGGGUGCCGAUUAUAAAGCCGGCGACAGAUUAUUUGUAACAUGGAUGAAAAAGUAAGAACACAUUUCUGUUAUCCCGAUUCUAUUCGGGACGCAUGGUCGAGAGAACUUUCGACACUAGAGAAAAGAUAGGAUUAGUGUAUAGACUUUUAUGUAUACCCCGUUUGUUAUGCGACUCUUCUCUCGUACGUUUGCGCCACACGCGCACGCAAUUUUCAUCCUCCCCCUUUCCAUCUGCUCUUUACUUUAAUCGCAUUUUAUUGUAAUCAGUAAAGGGUUUAUUGAGCUGCAUGUGGUGUAAGCUGAGAUUUUCUCGUCAGCGUCGUUUCCGUUUAUAUUCGAGAUAUAUUCUCGUUCACUGUUGCAUAACGUUGUUUUCGGGUGUGUCGAAGCAGAUUUUCCCAUUCGCAAAUGAUCGAUAUAUUUUCUCAUUCAUGAAUGAUAUGUAUUUUUAUCAAGAGUUAUUAGCGAGCUUGUUUGUACAGACGCAUGUUGCAUCGCGAGUCGUUAUUCACGCACCGAGAAUAUCCCGAUCGUUGAGAAGGAAAAAAGACGAAAAGCGUAAAGCCCGAAACCGUGCAAAGCGACAGAUUUAUUGACACGUUUUAUCGUCCGUUUCUCCCAUGAGAAAAAUCGUCUCUGCGUUUGUCUUGUAAAAAUUUUAAAGCUGUAACGAAUCGCAGUCACCUCAUUCGUUACAAGUUAUUGUGUAUCAAACUUAUAUUUAUUAGUUCUUUUUUUCCCGACAGAUAUAUUUAUUAACCGUUCGGACACCGUAUAUUACCCUUGCGUCACGUGUACACUUAUACUAUUUCUAUUAGAUUUGGUUGAGACUAUUAAAACUACUCUAUAAGAAUACAUAAUAAUAAUAAUAAUAAUAAUAGAAUACGAGACAACGCGCAUUUCUAAAUAUACAAUAACGAAAAAAAAAAUGCUAAAUAUCAUCAGUCAUGUCUAAAAAAACAAAUACUUCAUAUUGUAAAAAAUGCUUGUAUGUAAUAAAUACUUAAUACCGAAAAACA